UCCUGUCCGCACCACAGGACAGAUGCCAGUUUCACACUUCCCCCCAAAUUACCACUGCCUUGCCUUGUUGUCACUACACUGGUUAAAUCGUCGCUCUUAAUUACGAAAGGUAGCUUUCUAAGUAGCAAAGUUGCCCACCAUGGACGUAAAGCGAGAUAAAGACCAAGAUGCAGACUGUGAGAAGGUAACUGCGGUGCUGCUCAAGUCACGUACAGGAGAAUUCGAUUUGGAGUCAAUACUUUUUCUUAAAUUGAGAGGUCUUGGAAUACAUGAUCUCGGAUGCAUAGGGGAGUGCAUGAAUUUGGAAAGACUGGACCUUUCUGGAAAUAACAUCACAAAUUUAGCUGCGCUGUCAUCUCUUCGGCUUCUUUGUGUUCUCAAUUUGUCUGCUAACAGGAUUUCCAAUUUGGAGCCCCUGCACAACUGUGACAAUUUACAGAACUUAAACCUGGCUGGUAAUAACAUAUCCAGUAUUGAGAGCUUUCACUGCCUUAAGUCUUUGAGAAAGCUGGAAAAUAUACGACUUAAAGACAACACAUACAAUUACACUAAUCCAGUGUGCAGAAACACACCAUAUAGAACCAUAAUUCUUGAGAUGUUCCCCACCAUCAAAGUGCUGGAUGGUGAGAGAGUGGUUGGACGUGGUAGUGAUUUGUACCAAUUAUGUAAAGACAUCGAUGACACCAUCAAAGCUGGUUUAUACAAGAAUGGACAGCUCAUUGAACAUCCUGAUUGCAAGCCAUGGGUGGAGGAUACUUACUGGGAGAUAAAAAGAUCAAACAAUGCCAUUAUUGAGGAAGCAUACAAACAGUUUAAUGAUGUUCUUCAUGAAUGCAGACUCCUUAACAACAGAGCAACUCAUGUGAUUUCUCAAACUGAAAGAUCUAUGAGCCUGAAGAAGCAGCCAAAGCAGUAUGCCAUCUGAAUUGAGCUCUUUUGGACACUUUUGUGCUCAACUUUGUGAUGUACGAUUAAAAAAGAAAA